UCCGUAGCCAUUUUGGCUCAAGCCAUUUUGGCUCAAGCCGCCCAGGGCGCGCGCGCUUGGGAUCGAUGGCGCGGGCGGAGUCGCCUCCUGGCGAUUCCCAUCUGGCGAGGCCGCGGCGCUCACGUGCUGAGCGCACGGCGGCGAGGAGGAGGGCCCUGGCCUCCUGCGACAAAGGGCUGGCGGCUGCCUGCGCGCGGAUCCGCGAGCUCGAGGGGCAGCUGGACCAGGCCCGCCACGUUGCUCGCGACAGGAUGGAGGCGGAGGCGGCGGCCGCGUCGGCUGCUGCGGCGCUUCGCCCCUCGGACGAGCUCCGCGAUGCCCUCACGGGGCGGUUGGUGCAGCUUGGCCAAGCGCUGCUGCUCCACCAUCGAGCAGACGCGGCCCUCGGCAUGCAUCAUCAUCGGCUUGGGGACGCCCUGCGAGCCGUUGCCCAGUCGCUGGACCUCGGGCCCGAGUUCCUGAAGCUCGGCAUGUUGGUCAAGGGCGACGGCGACCGUGCUCGGCAUGAACCCCUUCUGCCGAGGCCGCUCGAUGUGCCGAAGGCGGCCGUGGACAUCCAGAUCGAGGUCUGCGUGGCCGAGCCUCCCUCGCGGAUCCUGCUGGCGCAGUGCGCGGGGCAGGCCGCGGCCGCCCAGCUCCGCAGGGGCGCGGCGCCUUUCUGGCCUCUGCGGCCCCCUGGCCGCUGGGCAGCAGGCGGAGGGGACGUGUGCGACCUUGCCUUCGCGGCGGAUGCGUGGCCCGGCCUCGUCUGCACUUGCGGGGCAGUGGUCUUCUCCUCGUGUGAUUUGUUGAGUGUGAGCGGGCCUCCUUGCCAGGAGGCGCCCGCAGAGAGCCCCCUGGCGAGCGGUACUGCUUGCGCUGCGACGCCGCUGCCGGGUCUGGAGCGCCAGGGGGCCCCCGCAAGCUGUCCGGCUGUCCUCCUCGGCAACGGGUUCACCGACAGCGUCAGCGACGGCGAGGGCAGCAACGGUGGCGACGUGCGAGACCUGGGAGCUGAUGCUGCCACGGCAUGCUCCCUCUCUCUCCCCGGCGCCGCCUCGGCGCCCAGCGCGGCCGUCUUGGACUUCCUGGACCGGUACGAUGGUGCCCUCCUGCGGGGGGGUGGAAGCGGUGGCUCCGCCGCGCCUGCUGCAGGCGUGGGCGAAGCGUACUCCCUCUUCCUCGACCCCGUCGACCUCGGCACCAUGGAAGCGGUGGCCUGGGGGCCUUACGCUGCGGUUGGCGCGCUGCUUGACCUAGCCGAGGCUCGGGCUGGGCUGCCGCCGCUCAGGCAGACCAUUUCCGUGGAUGAGUGAUUGCUGGUGUUCGGCCUUGGCAGCGCUGUCGUUCUCUCCUUUGGAAUUGUCCUGCCUUUGUGAUGUUUUUGUGGCUGCGGGAAUUGGGAUGCGCGCUGGACCGCACUGUCGGGUGCUCUCGUAAUGUUGUGUCAGGCGUUAUUCUUUGCCCGUGCGCCUCAACGCUUUUGGUGGAUUGAAGUGAUCGUGAGGCGGCAUUGUUCUGUGGUUCUGAUGUGUAAGGCCUUCUCAUGCUUGUGGAGCCUGCUUGAGGCAGGACAUCGUGAGUCAGGCAGGUGGGCAUGCAUGUUCGGCUGUUGCCAUGCGUGUGUGUUUCCCGUUCCCUGCACAUUGUUGUGAUUGUGAGGCGGCAUUGUUCUGUUGAUCUGAUGUGUAAGGCCUUCUUUCGCAUGCGGAGCCUGCUGGAUGCAGGACAUCGUGAGUGAGGCAGGUGGGCAUGCAUGUUCGGCUGUCGCAAUGCGUGUGUGUUUCCCGUUUCCUGCACCUUUGUUUUUGGUUUCUUUGAUUUCUUGCGCUUCGCGCGUCUGGCGCUUCGCGCCCUCCCCUGCGGUGGCUCCUUCGGAGCCCCUAGGGUUGGCCCUUGAGGCCCUGGGGCCAACGGGCUCCGUGGGCCUCGGGCUCCUUUUGCCUUCAUAGGCCCCGCAGCUCACAGCUCACAGGAGCACGGCAGACCACGCAGGAGCACGGCAGACCCCACAGUAGCAAGGCAGACCCCAAAGGAGCACGGAUGCCUCGAGCCAAACGCUUACUUUUGAUAAACGCGAUGUCGACGGGCAAACAAAAGACAAGACAGGCUGGAACAGAAAAAGUAGGCUGGGCGAGACAACGGGUGGGGGCCCGCGUGGCCGAGAGAAAAGCACGGUGUCGACACCAUGAUGUGGCCAGGGCAGCAGACUACCUCGACAGACCAGCGCGGCAGGCCAUCAUUUAGUCUGUUCUGUUGCGUUUAUGGGUUUCUCGGACGUUCUCGCCAAUACGGUCUCUGACGCACGUGGUGGAUAAAAAACGGCGCUUCCCGUUCUUGUCCGGUCAGGUU